AUGCGGGUGUCUUUCAACGGGAAAACGUACAAGGUGCAGGUGCAGCCCGGCCCAGAGGGCGCCGCCGCGUUUGAGCGCCAGAUCCGCAGCCUCCUGCAGCUGCCAGAGACGAUCGAGUUUGACGUCAUCUUCCACUGCAGGGCGCCAGGGACGGGCGACAAGCUGCAGCUCCAGGGGAUAAAUGCCUUUGACGCCGCCGUGCACUGCGCGUCCCUCAGCAACAAGCAGGGCGCUGGCGCCAAGGCCGGGGCCUCCGCCACGGCCGCGGCCGAGGGCGCGCAGCGCGGGCCCAAGAAGCCGACGUCGGCGUUCGGCAGGCUGCUGGCGGCGUUCGGCUGCAGGCUCGGCGGGGACGACGAGGCGGCGUAA